GAAAGCUCUGGGACUAACAGAGAUCUGGGACACCAGAGACAGAGUGAGAAAGAGUAGGAAGAUUGCAGUUUACAGUUGGAGCGUUAUAGAUUAGAAUGAUGCAACAAUGUAUUGGAAUCUGGCAAUGAUGGAUUGGAACAAUACAACACUGGAUUUGAAUCUAAGAACAAACGAUUGGAAUAUUACAACAACAGAUUGGAAUGGAUUGACAAUGGUUCAAAAUGAGAGAACAGUUGAUGGGAAUGGUAAAACAUUGGGAAGGGGUUUCAUUGAGAUGUUGGAUUCCCUUUCUGCUACUUUUGCUUGGAAGCCACUGAAGAUCCGCGUUCAAAUGGUCCUUCAGAUUAUGCAAUUCAUUUAUUAUCCGAUUCUCGCUAUCAUUGCAGUCCCUACCAAUGUAGUAACAAUUGUGAUCCUGUCCCAGGAAAAGUGUGGUCUCUCCCGAUGUGUCUAUCACUACCUGGUAGCAAUGGCAAUCGCAGAUCUCAUGGUAAUCAUCUUUGACCUCAUAUUGCGACACAUUCCAUUUGUCUAUUUGGAAGAGCAUCAUUUCUUAGAAGGUAUCCCUGUGUGUAAUAUCCACGCUGUCCUGCUUUAUGCAGCCACUGACUGUUCUGUCUGGUUCACCGUCACUUUCACCUUUGAUCGAUUUGUCGCCAUUUGUUGCCCAAAUCUGAGAAGUAAAUAUUGCAAUGUGAAAACAGCAGCCGUGGUUCUGGCAACAGUGACUGCAUUGAGCUGUUUGAAGAACAUUUUCUGGUAUUUUCUGUUUACUGAUCAGUAUUACAAUAGCAGCAGACCCUGGUUUUGUCGGGUGAAAAGGAAAGUGAGGUUUUCACCAGUCUGGGGAGCAAUUGAGUUCUGUCAUUACAUACUAACACCAGUAGUUGCCUUUAUUCUCAUUCUGCUUCUCAAUGUUUUAACGGUUAGACACAUUGCAGUGACCAGCAGAUCCCGCAGGAGACUCCAUCAGCAGAGAAACAGAAAGAGCACCAAAGACCCAGAGAUGAAGAGUCGAAAGAAUUCCAUCAUUUUAUUGUUUCUUAUCUCAGGGAAUUUCAUUCUGUUAUGGUCAGUAUCAAUGGUGUAUUCCAUAUAUUGGAGAAUGAAAUUUUUGGGAUAUGAGUCUGUAUCUCUGCCUCUGUUUGUAAUGGACCUGGGCUACAUGCUGCAGAUGCUGAGUUGCUGCACAAACACUGUGAUUUAUGUCAUCACACAUCCUAAGUUCAGAGAGCAUUUGAAGAAUAUUGUGCACUAUCCCUUUACUCCAAUUGUGAAAUGUAUUAAACAAUGAGACUGACUGAAGAAUUACAUCAUCAGCAAUCAAUGUUGCACACGUUUCUCUCUAACCCACAGUCCUGAUGUCUUAUUAAUAGACAUCAUUGAAAGAAGAUGAUAUCUCCAGGACCUUUGAUCUGUGAUUUUUCCUGCCUAAUUUGCCAGCCUGUGCACCUGUGCCAGUACACUGUUUAUCUGCAUCUCAAUCCAAGUGUGGGUGUGUGGCUGUGCAUGUGUCGAAGCAUCAGAGAGAUAGAUAGAGGAGCAGAUUCAGUAACAGACACACUAUGCAAGAGCAAACACAACAUGAUGAAAUGCUGUCGACUUUGAUGGUGAUAAACAUUGUGCUGACGUUCGUCUUUAAACUUAACUCAAAGAAAUAUAAACCUGUGAAAGCACAGUUGGUUAUGGAGUACAACAAAAACAAGAUGUGAAAUGUUCGCAUGGUAACUCAGCAGCUUUAGACUUUUAAGGAUGCAUUUCAAACUUCUCAAAGAGUAUACUUUUCACUGAGAGACACUUGAACAAGAAGGGAAUACCAUUCUUUCCAAACUAUAGAUGUUAAGAAUCGUAUCAAGGUGAAUGAAAUCGGUCAGUGCUGUGAAGCUGACUGGUAUAAGGUUAGACUUCUUUGAACCGUUAAUGAAUGAAGUUUUAAAAGAGAGGUAGAAAGUGGAAUAAAAAAUCUAAACCAGGAAGAAGUUUUAUUUCUCCAAAGGUCGAUGAAAGCAUAUAGGGAGCUAAAGGAAAUAUUCAUCCCUGAAUGAAUGGAAUUCAGUAAUUAACAAUGAUAAAAGAGGGAAUGGUAAAGACAUUGACCAAAUAUUUUCUAUCUCUUUCUGUAGAUGACGGGAUAAAAAUGGCCAAAAUGAUAGGAAAUUGGUGCAGAAUGAACAGGAACUGCAAACAAUUCUCAUCAUUCAGUGACUGGGAAAUAGCAAGCACUGCUGAUGCUGGAACUUAGAGAUGAUACAGUGUGGACCUGGAGGAACACAGCAGGUCAGGCAAUAUCAGAGGAGCAGGAAAGUUGGUAUUUUGGAUCGGGGCCCUUUAUCAGGACUGUGGAGGGACAAGGAAGCUCAGAAAUAAAUGAGCUGGUCUGGGGCUUGGGGAACAUAGGUGGGGUGGUGAUAGGUCGAUGCAGGAAGGGAUUGUGGAGAUUGGUCCAUGGGAAGGUUCGACAAAAUCAUCCCAGAUGCAGGACAUCCACAUUAAUCCCUGUUGGAAAUUGAAUGAUUGUUCGGGGCCAUGGACGGAGUUGAGUGAGAAGGAGGAGAGGGAAGUAUCGAGCAUUUGCAGAGAAAGGUAUCAUGCAUACUGAGGCUAUUGGGGUGUGUGGCGCGCACAAAGGAGUCAUGGAGAUAGCAGUCCCUGUGAAACAACUCAACUGCAUCUCCUGCAUUUCCUGCACUUAUACCCUCAAUCACCCACACCCCAGCAGCAAUGAGGAUAGAGUCCCCCUGAUCCUCCCAUACCUCCCUACCAAUAUCUGAAUUCAAUGCAUGCUCCACCACUUUCAUCACUUGCUAUCAGACCCCACUUCCAAAGAAAUAUUUCCCACCCCAUCUUUACCUGAUUUUUGGAGGGACCGCACUCUCCACUGAUACCUCAUUCACUCCACGCUUCCCUCCCGGCAACCGCAGGAACUGCUACACCUCCCCCAUACACCUCCGCUCUCACCCCCAUCCAACACCCCAAGCGAUCAUUCUGUAUCUGGCAGGGAUUCACCUGAACCACCUCCUAUCUGGUCUACUGCAUGUGUUGCCCCCACUGUGGUCUCUUCUAUGUGGACAGACCAAGUGCAGACUCAGUAAAUGAUUUGCAGAGCAUCUGUGCUCUGUAAGCUUCAAUCAACAACACCUUCCUGUUGCCAGCCAUUUCAACUCCCCUCCCACUCCAUUGGCGACACGUCCAAUACCUUAUGUUGCAGUUGGGGAUCUAACAGCUUAAUGGCUUCAACAUAGAAUUCACUGACUUCAAUAUCACCCCAAUCUCCGUCUCACCCCAUGUCUAGCCCUCCCACUUAUCCCCAUCUCUUUGACCUGAAAAAACCAUCUUCCUUCUCACUUUUCAGCCCCACCUUUCC